AUGGAUUGCUGUAUACAUGACACGAAAACUAGACGUUAUUUACCACCAAAAUUAUCUAGCGCUAAAGAAGAUUAUGAAAAUGAAUAUUUUCAUUAUGAUCAAUCAACUGAGUUGAUAAGUAUGAAACUAUUGGAAACGAAUCCCUAUACUUUUCAUUUGAAACAAGUUUAUCCGACUCAAAUCGAAGAAUAUCAACUGACUGAAGACAUGUUAAAUGUUCUAAGAACUUAUACAAACAGCAGCAGUGGCAACGAUUGUUAUAUAAAGACAAAUCUGAAUUUAUUAACAAAUAAUGAUAUCGAUUGGACAUAUACAAAUAAAUUAUACUCUAUAAUAAAAGGCUUGUGUCAAAAUGAUAUAAGACAUGUUUAUUAUCGAGGAUUACACUUGAGUGAUGCCGAAAUUAGAUAUUAUAUGGCAAAAAUUAAUGACUAUUAUUAUACAAAUUCAUUUUAUUCAUUUACAAUUGAUAGAUUGUUAACAUACUCGGGUAACGCAAUUAUCAUUUUAAAAAUAACUCCAGAUAAUAGAUUAAAUAUUGCAAAUAUAUGGAAAUGGAGUCACAUGCCGGAGGAAAAAGAGGCCAUUUUAUCCAUUGGUUCAAAAUUAAAAGUUUUAAGUGUUCAUUAUUUCGGUUAUAAAUGGGAAAUUGAAGUUGAAUUAGUCGCUGAGGAUGCUAACUAA